AUGUUUGACAGACCAAUUGGACGACGGAAUAAUAUCACCGGCACUUGGACAACAGGUCAACUUCCGAAACUAAUGCGGCAUAUACUUAAUUGCGACAAAGCUGACCCAUUAACUCUUAACUUCUUAACGAUAAACAUACUUGGAGUCAGUGCUGUUUACGGUUGCUGUUUAAAUCCUGAUACUUAUGUCGUCACUUUUUAUACCAAAAAGCUUUUGAAAAGUAUCAGAAAACCAGAACAUGUUUCGUCAAGUUGCAGAUUGUUUAAUCAGUAA